AUGGUCAGCCACCGAGUGCAUCAGACUCAAUUGAGUGAUAAUAUCCAAGCUCAGUUCAUAUAUGAAAACACACCAAUUUUUGCUGGGUCGGACGAUUUUUCAUUACUUAUCAAGUUCAAAUACACUGGUAAACAUGGUUUUCGUGUACACUUGAAUAAUCCAUUUGAUAAAUCAAACAGCACCAAAGAGGGCCCUGUAAAUAAAAAUGAGCUCAGAUCACAGAUACCAGUUGAAGAUGCCCCACCCGAGGAACCUCAGAGCAGUGGUUGGUUUGGCAGUCGUUUAUCAUCUCAACUUUCAAACGCAACUAGAGCUGUAUUCUUCAAUAGUUUCGAGAAAGUCCCCGAGCAAGAGAAGCCAGCCAUCAAGAAUGCAAAGGAAACAUUGUUUUUAGGGUUCUCCCAAAUUUUAGGCUACUAUUUUAUAAAUGAUAGUAUUGUUGACUAUACCAUUUUUAGAGAUUUACAGAGGAGUACCAUAAUUGAAGGCAAAUAUGCGGGGAUCAAAGGUUUGGAGGUAUCCAAAGCGGAGAACAGUGACAGCGAUGGUUUUUUCUCAGGAUUUAGUGCACUAUAUAGCUCAGAGUUGAACUCUUUGGAUGGAACAGGCACAAACGAAAAUUUGCAAUUCAUUCCUUUUUUCAGUUCGGAUCAAAACAUCAUCUUUAGUGAGUUGGAAUUCGAUCCUAAUAGAUGGACAGAUGAAACUGCUUCUCAUGAAUCUAUCAAAUCCUUCUAUUUGAGAUGCAAAUUACCCAAGGAUUUACCUCCAACAAUGGCAACCGAGGCUGUUCAGAUCAACUACAAGUUCAUUUUCUGUUAUCAAUUGAUGGAAGGUCAGAAUAUUAUUAGUAGAACGGCAUUUGUGCCUCUGAAAAUACAAACUUAUAUUGACAAAUACGGAAGACAACCUAUAUUUCAUCUCCAAAACUCACGAUUAAAUCAACACCUGGAAAAUUUUAUUGUAAAUGAUGUUUCAAAACAUCCGGAGGUCUCGAGACAUAAUUCCUCGAUUAAUACCGAUUCAAAGAAAAUAAAUUUUUUUAAGCUAAAGAAGCAGUCAGAAAAGACAAAAAGUGACAGCAUGUAUCCCUUUGACGGAGAGAACAAAAAAGACAAACCAAUUUCAAGUUCAAUGUCACAGCUGGAACUAUCAAGUUAUUCAAAAAAUGACAUAACAUCCUUUUUAGACAUAGUUGAAGAACUCGAUCGGUCUGAUGUUAACGAUAUUAUAAAAGUACAGGAGAAGUUUGAUAAAAAGAUGGAUGAGAAAAAAGUGUUUAAAUUCAAUGUAAGAGAGAAUUUACUGCAAAUACUGGCCGACUAUAAAUCUGUACAGAGGCAAACCAUUGCAGAAAAAGAUUAUCAGAGCUUGAUUGAAUAUGAUCAUAUUUUGCCCAAAGAACAACAGAUCAAAUUUGUCAUCAAACAGAACCAUGAGAUAUUGGCUACUGUACUUUUGAACAAAGGCAUUUUCAAUCUUGGAAGUUUGAUUAAUUUGAAUAUAGCGUUACACAAUGAAAUUUACGAUACCACAGGUUUAGAGAUUCAAUUGUUGAAGCACCAAAUAUUUCAUCGUGAAGAGUACAUAAAAAAAGGAACAUAUGGUGAGGUAUCAUCUAGACUUGAUAAAAAUAUAUUGGAAUCAAUUAUGUGUGAGAAAAUGAUAAGUACCUUUAAAACCUCAAACGUAAAUACCGACAUUUUAAUUCCGCUGGAAACAGAGCCUCAAUUCAAGACCAAUUUCUUUCAAAUAAAAUAUUAUCUUCAAAUCAGGUUUAUAACCGUCAAUAACGCAAGAAGAGCAAGUGAGGGUUCUGAGUGUGAACAACUCAACUACGCAAUGAAGAACAUAUUUACGGAUACCAAUGGCUCAAUGUUAUUUCAAGGUAAAGAGAUAUUAGGUGAUGCAAACGAGUUUUAUAUCAGAAUUCCCGUAAUAAUUCUUCCUACCUACGAACAAGAUUUUGGUUUCAUAACUACCACCAGUUAG